UCACUUCAUUGUAUUUYACAGUGCUGACUUGAGAUGCAUGGAUAUAGGUCAAGAGGCCACAGAGUCCAUUCAGAAUAAGAAAAAGAGGAAAGAAAAGGAGUUGGUCUCCAUAGAAAAAAAGUACAAUAUCAAAACAAGAUGGAAGGAGGAUGCUACAGUUUUUGAAACUGUCAAGAAGCGAUUGUUUAUUAAGAAGAAGACUCUAGCAUUGCUUGACAUACAUCGUUUGGCUUCAGAACGCACAUUUCUUUUAGAAAUGAAGAAAAAAUAUGCAGAUGGUCAAAGCAUAGCCAUUAAGCUGUCAACACAAAUCAGUAAAGCCACAAAAUCCAUGGAAAAGUGUUUGGUUGUAUUUAAUGCAUUGGUGGAUACAUCRGAAAGGUUGACUUUCCAUGAGAUCAAGGACCCAUCAAAUACAAUUUUUAGUGCUGUUUCAAAUGAGACUAAUGAUGAAAUCCCUCAGUCUGUAAGGAAGAAGAUAAUCAGUUUGUACAGCUACAGAGAAAGGUGUGAAGAAGAGGUGGAGCUUGUCAAGACAGAAAUGAUCCRUCUUGUUCAAGCAAAGUUUGCUCAAUUGCAGGCUAUAAGGAAUCAAUGCACUAUGAACAUGAAGCCUGGGUUGAAAGCAUUACUAUUACAAAAAUGUGCUGCUAUGUAUGAAGACAUUUCUAAACUUACGAAACAAUUGGAAGGCUUGGGAGUUUCUCCUUACUUUGUGGAAGAGAAGAUCCAUUACAUUAGCACCAGUAAUAACCCAGUUAUGAUACCCACAGAUGAAGACAAUGACUUCUCAAAUGAAAUGGAAGAUGUAGAUGAUAGUGACAGUACUAGUGAACAUUGGGAUACUGAUUCAAAUGACGAAGAAAAYAAUCAAUAGAUAUUAAUUCUCAAUAACUUAAUAUACAUGUAUAUGUAAAGAUGUAGAGUGCAAAUAGUAUACCCAUGAAAUAGCCAGCUAAUAAUAAAUGAUUAGUGCUAACUGUGGAAGUAGAGAAAUAAGCAAAGCAUCAAGAAAUCAGUGGAGUGCAACUUCAAAUUGCAAUCUAUUGUUUAUCUUGCUCCAGUGUGGAUUGUAUAUUUUUAACCCAUCUAUUAAAUUCCAUUGUUUUAUGUCUUGUGCUUUUCUUUACGUUAUGUUCUUUAUGUUCCCUAUGGUAUAUUAUUUGCACUCUAUUGAUUAUUAAUAUGAGCAAAGUGUGGAAUACAUAAAAAUGUAAGUGAAGUAGUAUUUUUCCCAAUUCAAAUUGAAAAGCAAACCUUUCAUUCUUGCAAUUAUUGUAGACUUGUAUAYUAGUUAUAAAUGAAGAAAUGAAAAUAAUAGGAAAGGGUUGUUUACCAUUUUGCAAUCAAAAAAUUUACACCAAUGUUUGUAUAAAUGAARAAAACUGAAAACUGGAAAUAAGAUAUUGAAAGACAUGUCUAUCCUAUUUUGCAUUCAAACAUAUUCCACCCUAUUCAGACAAGUAUUAUGAAUAACAAAAAGUGAAAAUGGAAAUACAUCAAAAUGGUUUAUUCUAUUUUGGAAUUGUAUAAUUGGAUAUAAAUGAAAAAA